GAAGAGGGCGGCUCUCUUACAUAAGAGAAAGGGUCCUAGAGAUGACGUCAUCAUCCCCAUCAUGUCCCAGCUACGCCUGCCGUCGACAUCCAAAGGAACUGCGCGACUCGCUAGACCCAAUCGUCUCGGGACCUUAGGCUCUGGUGUCGAGGGCCACAGCAAGGCCCGGCGAGCCUCUGUCUCUAGUGCUGCCAAGGUUCAACGAACUUCGAAAACAUCACAGAAGCUUGUUGUCCUACCGUCGGCACCGCAGACGAAACCGUUCCCAGCCGAGGACGAUGAAGACUUGACAUUAGGUUACGAGACAGAUGCAGGUGUCAAGGUGCGAGAAUAUAAGAGCGAGGCGGAGCGAAUGUCAAAGGAGCAGCGGCAUCGAGCUGGGUACAAACGAUUGACGGCGUACUGCGUCGCAGAAGUAUUCAACAUGAAGCUCCUGGCGUCGUAUUUGAAGCGCGAACACAACGUUUCUCCUCGUAUCUUCGAUGAGGCCAUGUAUGCGAUGUACCAUUUACCUCUCUUGCCGGGAUACGGACCUAGCUCAAACAUUCGAUCCUCUGCAUUCGCCAGCGGCGACGCCGGUAUGAACAUACUGACUCGUCUCUCAGAAGCAGAGGAAAACGGAUAUCAAGGAACGUAUUUUACCAACGACAGAGCGCAUUCUUCAUCACCCAAUCGUGACGGCUACAUCUCAUCAUCACCAGUUAUGACGCGUGGAGCUUAUGAAGUGGAGACGUCCGAGGCGGAGCGUACAACAUAUUCAGAUACAGAGCGAGAACGAGAGUCACCUGAGAUCCGGUUCGCAAGGCCGCCAGCGCAACCAACUCAUGCCGAGGAUGUAGCUGAGGUCGUGUUUUUUGAGUACGGUGUAGCGGUGUUCUUUGGCUUGGACGAAGGGCAAGAAAGGAACAUACUAGAAGAUAUUGAAAACGCCAAAAUCAUGACUAGGAAGAUCGCAGAAGACGAUUGGGAGAUCGAGGAGUGCCAUUUCACCCACGACCCUCAUAUUGCCUACCCUCGAAUAUACAAUGACUUCUUCACGCUUAAAUCACGCUCUCACCUCCUCAAGCUGUCCUAUCGCUCACGCUCUCGCCCAAUCCACCCUUCUCGCACACUACUGAGACCAACGCACAACGAGUACUCUCAUCGCCUUCCACGCUCUCCAUACCCUAAGCAACUCGCUGAAUCGGGGGCUUUACAACUGCGGCGGAACGAAGCGCUGAAGCUUACAGGUCGGCUUGUUUCCAAUGUGCUUGACGUGCCGGAGCUGUUCUGGGAUGAAGCGAGCUUGAAGGAACUCUAUGAUGCGGUACGGGAAUAUAUGGAAAUUAAAGGGCCGUGUAUCGCGAGCGAUUUCUUGGACGCCAUUCAUGAGCAUCUAAAUAAUUCGGCGAUGGAGCGCAUUACAUGGAUAGUGAUAUGGUUGAUUGUAGUGGCUAUUGUCGUGGACUUGGGAGAAGUAGUCGCCCGCCUUAUCUUCCACGCCGCCCUGGAAGGUACACCGGCUCUGUUCAGGGCGGCCCCUGCGAUAUCCAGAGAGGAGGUGCUAUACACUCUGGACAGGAUAGCUUCGAAUUGAACUCGAUUAUUGUUUUGCUAUGCACAUAUCUUAGGCGGUAUCAAACAAGGUGGCUUAUAUUAUACCAUUAUCACCGGUAAAGGAGACGCAUUAUUCAAGGAAGCAGGUAUAAACGUGUAGGGGUGUCCAAAGCAUUGCAUUGCGUUUUUGAAGUCUGCUUUCAUGCUUAAAAUGCGGGUGCGAACGAUUACCUCCGCCUAUACUAGAUGUUCUGUAUCUAUUGAUGAAUGCAUGUCACGGUUGGAUGUGCCGUUGUGGGAAAGAAGGGGUUAGAGAUGUCGGAUGUUGCGAAUCUGUAG